CUCAUCACACCGCUCACUCGCUCAGUCAGUCGCGCGUCGGAUUUGGACAACCAAACAACUUAUCUAUUUCUAGUAAUUAAAACCAAAAUCAGAACAAUCAUGAGCAACAAAGAUAAUAAUAGUGAAGUGGCCGUUGACAAGGUCGGAGAUGAGAAGGCGGACGCGAAAAGUGAUCUAAAAGGAGCGAAAAGGGCAGCAGAGGAGAAACCAACAGAAGCGAAAAAGCCGCGAAAGGAGGAGAACGGAGGCGGCGGAGAAGAUGAACCACACAGUGAAGAGGAAGAUCUAGAAGGAGAAGGCGAAGGUGAAGACGAUGAUGACGAAGAAGUGGAGGGUGAAGAAGGUGAAGAAGACGACGAAGAGUUAGGAGAAGGAGAGGAUGACGAUCUCGAAGGUGAGGAUGAAGAAGUAGAGGAGGAAUUAUUAGGCGAAGAAGAAGAGGAUGACGCGUAAUACGCCUCGUGCCUCUCUAUAAGGACAAUGUCACAGUGAUGUGUUGUGCUCGUGACGGCCCGACUAGCGCGGCCUCGCGUCGCCCCAACUGCCAGCCGCCAGCGACGCUCCCCACAGCAAACAGCAACAGUACCAACAGCACCAACAGUUGAGAACACGCGAGGCCGACCACGCUCCCACCUAAACGGGUGCAAGUUCUAUUUAAAUGACAAAUGUAAUUAAUUAAGUCAAAUCCAAUGCAGAUUUUCAAUUUUUUACAGUGUUUAAGUUUGAUACCGAAGUUGUAUCUUUACUUUUGUAAAGCUCGUCGCAACGGGCGCGAAACGUGUAAUUUAAGACUUAGUAGAAUGCUGUUGAAUUUUGUCAUGAAAUGUACAAAUGUGUUUUCGGAAGUAAACUUUGUUCUAAGUGAAACCCAACUCUGUAUUCUAGGUUUACCUGUAAGCCCGUAAAAUGGUGAAAUUGUGAUAUUUUUCUAUACAAAUAGUAAACUAUCCAAUUGUAAUAAAUAUAGAUUUUAUGCCAGUGACAGUACUAAUAUAGUAAAUAAGCAAUUUAGUCACAAAGCUCAAUUCUUCAUAUUUUUGUUGUUGAUGAGAGUUUGCGUGUACAUAUUUAGCGUAAGUGAAGCCUGUGAUUCUUUGAUCAGUAAUGUAACAUAGUGUGAUUGUUGCAUUCAGGUUGUUCUACAUUUAAUUUCAGUAAAUCAUUAACAAAUACUAAAUACAAGCUUGUUCAAUAUUCGGUCCUACCUAUCCCCCGUACGACCCUAAAACUGUUCUGGAUCUGAAUUUUAAUCAAUGGAUUAGUUGCUAAAGAAAAUUUAGAUCGACUACCGUUCGGGACUUUUUUAGGCUCUUACGGGGUAGUGUUUUGCACCGGCCCAUAUCUGCCGUCGAAGACUAGAACGGGCCCGAAUGUCUGACAAUAUCGCCCGUCUGCAAGCCGAGCCCCGUUCGUGAAUAAUUGAUUCUUUAUUGUUAUCAAUAUUUCACAGUUUAUUAGAAAAACAUCACAAUUUUGCCAUUAUCUCGUGCACACCGUGCGCCGGCCGCCCGCUCUCCGGUCGACCGAUAAAGAGAGCGCGACGGGCGUCGCUCCACUACUGCAAACGUACUAUAAAACCGGCCUGUAAUUUUUGUCCAUAAUUGUUAAUUAGGAUAGAGUCCUCAGUUCGGUAUUCCACUGUUUCACGGUUCGAAGUAAGAGAUUCCUAGGUUAAAGUGAUUUAGUAUUUAGGAUGUACGUCAUUUUUUAUGAGAGGACGCUACGGGAGUCGGGGCGAGAAGGGCUCGGGGCGCGGCAGGGCCGGGGCAGGGCGGCGGGGGCGGCCCGCCGCCGGCGUGGCCUCGUUCGAUUUGCCGCGCGGCGUGCCCCCGCCGCCGCCGCGCCCGCACGCCGGCCUCGCACCACGGUACGCCAACGCGCUCCUCCGCGUGGAAAAUCACUCGUUGCGCGCUAUACAUCGCCGCGUCGCGUAGAGCGACGGGCCGGGUGGCGGCGAGGCGGGCGUCCGGUCACCUAGACGCCGCUAGUAACACGACUGUUUUUGAUACUUGUCGUUGAAUGUCUGUUUUCACUCCGUUCAGUCUCUUUCGGGGCGCCGGUUCGACUCGACAGACGCGUGAAUGCAAUGUAUAUCGAUAAUUUUUUAACCUAUCGCCGGCCUCCGGGAAAGACCGCGAGAUGUUUAGGAAAGCAUUUAGCGGAUUGUUCCAUUGGCGAUUGAAUACCAAAGGGAGCAAAAUGUAUUUCGAUUAGAAAAAUUGACAUUGAAAUCAAUAAAAUUAACUUAUGACUAAAUCCUAUCGUCCCGCCUUUUCAUUUUGUGGUAAGAAAGAAUGAGCUGUCGCAUAUUGUGUACGCUGUACGACUUAUGUGAAUACCUUAGUACGAUUUUAUUUAUUUGUGAUGUUGAACACUAUUGAUUUUCUACAAUGGACGAAAUGUAAAUACAACCGAUUUUAAGUAAAACGUUAUUUUGUU